UUUCAAUUCAUACACUAUGUGAUUGUAUCUAUGAUAAUGUAACAUUACUAUUUCAUAUAUAAAUAUGAAUGUUUAGUUGAAUUUCUUAUUAUACUAAUAUGAUCCUUAUCAUGUAAAUAAAUCAAUAAAUAAAUAAAUAAAUAAUUGUGUUCAAAUCUUAAUUGUGAGAUAUAAAUUAAUAGAAGAAAUAUACUAAUUAAAUACAAACCAUUGUAUUAAUCCUACACUAUAGUGAAUAAAUGAAACUGUGUCAAUGAUAUAUUAGUUUAUUCAAUUAAAUAAUAAUUGAAUUUAACAAUAUAAAUUACAUUAUUCAAUUAUUUAUUUAAUUAUAAUUAAUUAAAUGAAUGGCUGGUGAAAUAGCAACACCAUUAAUUGCAUUUGGAUGUGCAUUAAUUGUUUUUCUUUUUUUCAUCCUCUGUUUAGUGUCGCAUCACAUCCUUUGUGGCCAAAGGAAAAACUCUCAAACUUUCCCACAAUUGCCUCCAAUCGAUACACAUUUUUAUUUAGCUAGUCCACAUAGUAUGCAUAUUAAAGAAGAACCAUUACAAUGUAUACAUGAAGAGAUGCAAAUAAAAAUGGAUGAGCAGUCAACAAGUAGAGCAGAUAUUGGUGAUUUACUCAAGUCCCGUAUAGAAGCCGCUGAAAAUGAUGAUGAUAAUAAUGAAGAUAAUUGUAAAAAUAAUGAAUCACCUUUAGAAUAUGCAUAUGAAGGAUCUGAUGAAGAACCGUUUCAACAUGUAGAAAUAUGUUCUGAAAUAAAUUCGAAUAAAAAUGAAUCACAAUUGCCAUCUGUAAAUAAUCCAUCAGGUUCUGAAUAGAUAUGGACAAUUGAUAAAGAAGAUACACACACACAAAAAAAAAAUUUUUUUUUUAAUCAUCCAAAUACAGAUUAUCAACCCAAUGUUUUUUUUUAAGAAGAAAAGAAAAAAGAAUUUCUAUAUUGAUUUAAUAUUUUUUUUACAUUUCAUCUUAUCAAUGAUAAAUAACUUCAUAAAUUUCCGUUGUGAAUAAUAAAAAUAUUUAUUUCUUUCCCCUCCCCCUCUCCGGCAAAAAAAAAAUAAGAAAAUUUUAUGAUAUACAUUAUAUUAAACUGUUCAUUUUAAUAAAUAAAGUAUAUUCUACAGUUUA